CGUCUGUGUACUGACAAACGGAAUGGAAAGGAGCUCUGGGAACUGAACUCGAAUAUAGAAAAUUGAAUUGAGAAUCAGAGUAAAAACUAAGAAGAAGAAGAAGAAGAAGAAGAAGAAGAAGAUUAACAUGAAGAUCAUCGUCAGCAAAGACAACAAUAACAACUACAACAUACAAGCAGCAGCAGCAGCAGCAGCUAUAGCAAUAACAACAGAAGAAGGAAAACGUUCACCGGAAGAACUGAACGAGUCUAGAACUGAAAAGGAACAACUGAAAGAUGACACCACCAUUUCGUCAUGUGACAACAACCGUGAAGAAAUCCAACAAACGUUACAGAACAACCUCAGCAAAGCUCAAACUUGGCUCUCUCUUCUUGGGGUUAAAAUAGAUAGACAUUCAAGUGGGACAAGCACAGACUAUGCCCUCUUUCAAGAAAAUGUCAGUACGUAAAACGUUUUACGCUAGUGCCAUCCGCCUAUAGAACAACACUGAUAUUUCUAUAAGAAGCACUGUAUCCCACAAACUGUUUCUUUUCAUCGUCUACAGAAAACAUUCUCAAAACGUAAUGCUACUUUAGAACAUUUCACUACUGAGCACACAUAUUAAUUAGUCAGUAUGUUUUUUCAAUGUUUAAUUAACACCAGUUUAAUAAAUUAGUUUCCCCGAUAACUUUUAUUUUAAGUAUUUUCCCAGUCAUAUCUGAAUCUAAUUUAAUUUAAUUUACAAUUUUUUUUCUAUUUCAAUUUAAUUGUAGGAGGGACUACUGGGCUACAAGUAAUGCAUGCCACCCUAGUUAAAUAAAGUUAUAUUAUUAUUAUUAUUAUUAAAAGAAAAUCUGUUUUAGAAUAUAAUCCCUUUUUGCACCUAACGUUGUUAAUGUUGUUAGCUAAGAGCUUCUUUUUUAGUUCUCAUAUAUAUGAGAAAAAUAAUUGGAAAGCUUAAAUGUGAGGAAAUACUGUGACAAGAAAUAUGCCCGUCAUAGACUAUCGUGAUUGCGUGAGCCAGACUGAAGGCGUUGCCAUGGAACAUCUUACAUUUUUCUCCAGCAUUUCGUAUUUCUUUGAUCAACCCCUUUGCCCAUUUUUCUUUACAACCUUCAGUAGAAU